CGAAGUUGCAACGUGUUGACUGUGCUAUAACAAGUUAUAGUCUCAGGUCUCUCAUUCAAAAGCUUGGGCAGUUGAGUGGGAACUGCUAGUGUCCCGAUAGUAGCUGACUCAAGUGUUUGUUGUUAAAAAAGAUGGUUGAAACUUCAGUGAAAUCUUUAAAGUUGAGUGGUUCGGGUGUUGUAAAUUAUAAAAAUAAGUGCUGUAUUUUUUGGUGUUGUGGUGUCAUCAUCGUUUUAUCGUGUUGAUAUCAUUUUCAACUCGAUUUCCAAUAUGGUUUGACCACUGAUCUCCAGGAAUAUUCCAAUUGAAAACAGGAAAUAAAUGGAGUCGAACUACCAUUGGCUCAUCACGAUUGGACUCGUGACGUCAUCGGUUAUAGCAGUUACAGCUAACUUUUUUCUCCUGAUUGUGUUCUGCAGAAGUAGAGGAUUACGCACUGUGCCAAAUAGAUUCGUCAUCAAUCUGCUGGUGACCAAUCUAUUGUCCAGCGUUCUACUGAUCCCACUACUCCUCGUAGACCAAGAAAUCGAGGCCUUGGUGCCAGCGGCCUCAUCAAACACCAGGCCACUCACCCAAUUCGAAAACCUCAUCAUCGAAGAAGACAUCAGCAGCGGUCCAACCGAAAACACAAUCGAAAUAAUAGAAACCAGCGACUUCGUAUCGCCAGAAAUCUCGCCACACCUCAACGGCACGAACUUGCUCUGUUACUUCGCCCAGAGCACCACCAGUUUCGUCUGUACCGCCUCCAUCUUCAGCAUCCUGCUCAUCGGCAUCAACCAGUACUUCGGCGUCAUCCAUUCGUUGAGGUACCACGUGUACAUCACGCACUGCAAGUCCACGGUGUUGAUCGGCAUCAGCUGGUUCGUCGCCUUGUUCUGCGCCAUCUUGAGUUCCUUGACGUACAGCGACAGCAGCGUGUGGCAUUUCUGCAAGAACCACGUCCAGCCCAGUGAGACUGUCAGAAUCCUGAACACUGUGUACGCGUUCGGGUACUUUUUUCUCGUGAUACUAGCGCCCUUCUUAGCAAUUUGCAUUAUUUAUGUCUGCAUAUACACUGCCGCGCAUCAGAAUAGUGAGCGCAUGCGUAGAUCUGCUUCUGCGCCGCUGAACCCGUACGCGGAUGACAUUCAAGUGGCCAAUAAGAAGCAUGCUAGAGAUGCGCUUCCCAAAGUCCAUUCUGCGCCGAACUUUUCAGUGAUGGAACAGGAUGAAGCGAGCAGGGACAUAGAGACGUUUAGGAAUAAGGUCAAGAGGACCUCUAGUGAUCGGCAAACCUACGGGUUCAUCAAUAACUUGAGGCACAAAAUUUCCAAUGCUUCGGUAUUCAAGUUCAGAGAGGAAACUAGGGCGGCCAAGAUUAGCGUUUUAGUUAUAUUUUUGGUAUUAGUUUGUUACGUUCCUUAUGGGAUAACUCUAGUGUUGUGCUCGAAAUGCAUAGAAGUGCAUACUAGCCAGAUUUUCAACUAUUUGUCGCUGAUACUUCUCGUAUUUUCGAAUAUUAUAUCGCCUUUUCUGUUCGGUUACCGGAACAAGAGGGUGAAAAGGGAAAUUUGUAGGAUAUUCGGUUUGGUUCCCAAGUGUAAACAAAAUCUGGAUGGUGUUGAGAGGCCGAGGAAAGCUUCGGUUGUGAAUACCGCGUGUGAGGACCAUAUUUGCGAAGAACAUUGUGAAAAUUGUAGUCAACCGUUCAUCGAAAGCAACAAUAGUGUUAUACCUGAAGUAAUUGUAACUUGUAAACCCGAGAAUGAAAGGAAGAGUAUAUUGAAAAGGGUUUGUGAUACGUCCAGCUGGGUGAACUAUAAAAAAUGCAACUUUAUCGUUGUUCCAGACAGUUGUAUAAGUGGGGAAGCGAGGGGUUCAUUUUCCAGUGCCAGUACACAAAUAUCUACUGAGGAAUGAAAUGUAACAAUGAAGCUUAUAAUUUCGAAGUAUCCAUGUACUUAUUUAGGUAAUGCGAAAUCCAGAAAUCGGUGGA